CACAAUCCAAGAUGGCGGAGUCGAGGUCGAGCGGUAAGCGAGGAAGAGAUGAACUACAAGAAGCCAUUCGCGUACAAGGAGAAAUCAUACGAAAUCUGAAACUAACUGAACAGACAGAUGAAGUAAAAAGCCAGACAUUAUGAUGAUUUUUAGACUAAUAAACAGACUUCAGAUUCCCUCAAAUGUACAUAUAUCUAAAGUACUGCCACAAGCCACUGUCCUUGCCCGUACCUAUUGUCUAGAUAGUAAGAUAAAGGAAGAAGUAAGCAAGCUUUUGGAACUAAAAAAGGAGCUUGGAGAUAAUGCAAAGCCACAGAAGUUUGUCCUCAAAACUCCCAAGGGUACCAGAGAUUAUGUGCCCAAACAGAUGGCAGUAAGAGAAAAAGCUUUCAGGACUAUUGUUGGUGCAUUUGAAAGGCAUGGAGCAGAACAAAUUGAUACUCCUGUUUUUGAAUUGAAGGAAACAUUGACUGGCAAAUAUGGUGAAGACUCUAAACUUAUUUAUGACUUAGCUGAUCAAGGAGGAGAACUUUUGGCAUUGCGAUAUGACUUGACUGUACCAUUUGCAAGAUAUGUUGCAAUGAAUAAAAUAGACAAAAUAAAAAGGUAUCACAUAGCAAAGGUAUAUAGGAGAGAUAAUCCAGCCAUGACACGGGGGAGAUAUAGAGAGUUUUACCAAUGCGAUAUAGAUAUAGCAGGGCAGUAUGAUCCUAUGAUUCCUGAUGCAGAAUGUGUGAAAAUUGUCCAUGAAAUCCUAACAGGAUUAGGACUAGGAGAUUUCAAAAUCAAGGUCAAUCACAGAAAGUUCUUGGAUGGCAUGUUUGCAGYGUGCGGUGUUCCUAAAGAUAAAUUUAGAGCAAUAUGUUCUGCUGUUGACAAGCUAGACAAGACUCCUUGGGAGGAGGUUAGAAAAGAGAUGGUUGAAGAAAAAGAGUUAAAUCCUGCUGCAGCUGAUUGUAUUGGUGAAUAUGUCAAGCUUAGUGGUGGAAUGGGCUUGGUGACAAAACUGACAGAGAAUCAAGAUUUGAUGAAGAAUAAGAAUGUUAAAGAAGCUCUUGAUGAUAUGAAGUUACUACUGGCAUACAUGGAACUGUUUGACAUUUCUGAUAAGGUUGUGUUUGAUCUUAGUCUAGCACGUGGUUUAGACUAUUACACAGGUGUAAUCUAUGAAGCAAUUCUGACAGGAGAUCAACCUGAUCUGGGCAAGGCUGACAAGGGAGAGCCAGUGGGUGUGGGUUCUGUAGCAGGUGGUGGUCGCUAUGACAACCUUGUAGGCAUGUUUGAUCCAAAAGCAAAAAAGGUUCCUUGUGUUGGUGUCAGUAUUGGUAUUGAGAGGAUAUUUUCCAUUUUAGAGGCAAAGGCUGAGGCAUCAAGAAAUAAGAUUCGAACAACCAAAGUCCAAGUCCUGGUAGCUUCUGGACAAAAGAAUAUGCUGGAGCACAGACUAAAGUUGGUUAAUGAACUGUGGCAAGGUGGAAUAAAGGCAGAAGUAAUCUACAAGAAAAAUCCAAAGAUGUUAACUCAGUUCCAGUACUGUGAAGAUAAUGGUAUCCCAUUCUCUGUGGUGAUAGGAGAAAAGGAACUGGAAGAAGGUGUGGUUACACUCCGUGACACACAAACAAGAGAAGAGGUGUCUGUCAAGAGAGAAGAACUAUGUAAUGAAAUCAAGAGAAAAUGUGAAGCAAUUGAAGAAUUAUGAUGUGGAUUUUAUUUAGGAAGCAUCAUUCUUCAUGAAAUUUGAUUGUCAGGAAUAUGUAAAAUGCUAAAAUUGUUGACAGUGGUUUGCUUUGUCACAUAAGAAGAUGAAAUACCUUACAACUAAUUGAGAAUAGAUUACRGGCCUGUUCCCAGGACUUUGGAAAGGGGAGUUCAUAUAUUUCGUAGUUCCAAAAGUUAUCCAUCCCCCCCUCCCCCCACCCAAUGGAGGAAAGACCCCCUUCCCCUACCGUCGAAAUUCCAAUUUUUUUCCAUACAAACUUUGUAAUUUUGUUCUUUUUCUGACCCCCCUGCCCCUCAGAAAUUACAAAUUCCUCUGUGUGUGGGGGGGGGGACGGGACUAAUUUGCAAUUUUAUGGUUGAAAACAUUGAAUAGAAAGCAUUGAGAGGUUAGCACUCUCACCACUAUGCCUCUCACCUGUGCUUCCCUAACAGCUUUGAAGUGCCACUCCAGGUGAGGGACCAGAACUUUAUACUGGCAGAAAUGAGUGCCAUUCAGGGUGAAACCUCAAGAUUUUUGUUAGAAAUGCAAAUAUUAUUUUGGCUUGAACCCUUUAAGCCAGAGCCAAUGCAACCUAAAGCGGUAAGAACAAAAGUUGUUGUAAAAGUAAGACAAGGAUUCUUAGAAUAAAAAAAUUAUAUAUUGUGGAAA